UUGCAAUCUGGACGUGAGUAGGGCGGAUUGUGGAGUUUGAUGAGUUUGCUUUGAGAGGAGAGAAGAUUUGUGUGCGCGUCACAGUUCUUUUCGUGUCCUUUUUUUUCUUUUUCUUUUUCUUUUUUUUUUUUUUUUUUUCCUACUUGUAUGGCUGAAAUGGACUCAGUAAGGAAGGCACCUGAUCGGUCGAGCGGUUCGGAUACAAUUUCGCAAUCAGCUGCGCCUGAUCGCUGUUCGAAUGGAGCUGAACUGCGGAGUUCCAGUGGUCUAGAUCCAGCUUCUGGAGGGAGUUUUCUGCGGUGGCUGUCUCCUUCUCUACAAAUGGAUCAAAUGCGAAUGCCACCUUCUAUGUUAAUACCGCCGCCUGUGUCAUACCCAGAUAUGGGGCACAAUCUUAAUCCUGCUCCGCAAAUGUCUUCAGCUGCGCUAGCGCCAGUGCCGCAAGCGCGUCCUGUGCCCGUUAUGCAGCUGCCGAUCGCAUUUCAAAUUCCUAAGAAGCGCAUUAACAACCUAAGCGACAUCGAGCACUUGCACAGCUCGGAAGCAGGGAAAUUUUUUUUAGGGUUUAUCGUAGGACUUAAUGAUUCAAUGAUAGGGAAGAAGCUAUCGGAGUACUGCCGUGAGUCGCCCUUGAUUAAAACAAUUUGUAGUGUGUUAGAGGAGAUGAGCUCAUGGGUUGAACAGCUUCCUCCUAAGCAACAGCCCGCCAGAUAUGGAAACCCUGCGUUUCGGGAGUGGCAGACUUGGCUUGAGGAACGAGGACCUGGGUUGAUGCUUCGGAUUCUUCCAGAAAGUUUAAAAGACGGCGUAGUGGAGCUUUCCCCUUACUUCGCUGACAGUUUUGGAAACGCAACGAGAAUCGAUUAUGGCUCUGGCCAUGAGGCCAACUUUGCUGCGUGGCUGCUUUGUCUGGCAAGAUUAGGGCUGGUAAAUGAGGACGAUUAUCAGGCUCUUGUUGCACGUGUUUUCGUCAAGUACUUGGACCUUAUGCGCAAGCUGCAGACUACCUAUUGGCUGGAACCUGCAGGGUCACAUGGGGUGUGGGGAUUGGAUGACUAUCAUUUUCUUCCAUUCGUUUUCGGCUCAGCACAGCUGAAGGACUCCAAGUACAUGAAACCCAAGUCGAUACACAACGCGGACAUUCUUGAGAAUUUCUCACAUGAGUAUCUGUACCUGGGGUGUGUACAGUUCGUGAAGAAGGUGAAGAAGGGUGUGUUGGCUGAGCACUCCCCAAUGCUAGAUGAUAUUAGUGGAGUGUCAUCAUGGAACAAGGUGAAUAGCGGCAUGCUCAAAAUGUAUAAGCCUGAGGUUCUUGAGAAAGUUCCAAUAAUGCAGCAUUUCUUGUUCGGAUCUCUCAUCAAAUGGUAGAACAAUACGGUGACAUAAAAGUUGUUUUCUUUUUCUAACAUUUUUGGUAGGUCGUAUGAUUAGAAUAAUGAUAUUACUAUGUGAAUUAUUGGCUCUGAGAGCAUUGGAUUUCCCGCGGGGUUUACAUUUUCAACCCAAGAGUCUUAUCACAUGUAAAUAUCUUUAGCA